CAUGCGAUUUGUUGUAUAUUCUGUCUAUUGAGCCAUCAAUAAUACCUGUAAUUUCAUGGCAAACGUGUUCGGGAUUUAGGAAAACUUAGAAUGUUGUGUAUUUGCACCCGGAAAAGACUCUUUAGUCGCUGUGUUUGAUUUUUUGUUGCUACAAAUGCAAUUAAAUAAAACAGAUACAUUCAGAAACAAAUUGAUUUAACGGUGUUCAUCAGACUUAGAGUCUAGAUUGACAUGUGCUAUUGAUAAAAAUAUUUAUGUUUGCAAUACAUUUUCGUGACCAUAAACAUGCCAUUGUCUUUAAAAAAGAUACAAUUGGUACGAUUAAGUUUAGGUCUGUUUUGAGAACAUGACACAUGUUUGAUACACUGAAGAUGCAGUUUUCUCGUUUGAAACGCUACCAAAAAGCUGGUGUGCUUGGUGUACCAGUUAUUUUCUUCAUAACAAUCGUGGUUUUAAAUUCAAAGCUCUUGUCAUCGUCAACUGGUGGUGGAGACCAGAGAAAAUUGCGACUUGUACAUGCUCAUUCUGAGCGAUCAGCUGAAAGGUUUAAACCAGAACGUUUGAGAAUGUCUCAUCCCUCAGAUCUGGUGUAUGAUGCUGAAAAACUUAUGAUGCUUGGCAGGAUAAAUGACGACAAAGAUCAAAAGCAAAAGGAGGAAGGUUCAAGUCUGUAUGCAUUCAAUGAGCUACUAAGUAGCCGUUUGAGUCUGAACAGAGCCAUUCCUGACACGAGACAUCAACUCUGUCACACCCAGACUUACAGAUCUGACCUCCCAAAGACCAGCGUGAUCAUUUGUUUCUACAACGAAGCCUGGUCAACUCUUCUGCGGACCGUGCACUCUGUUAUCAACAGGACACCUACCAGUCUCUUACAUGAAAUAGUGCUGGUUGAUGAUGCAAGUGAUCUCAACCUGUCCCAUCUGCAGGAAAAACUAGCCAUAUACAUCUGGGAGCUUCACCCAAACGUGACUUUGGUUCGAACUCCAACACGACAAGGCUUGAUACGAGCAAGAAUGUAUGGUGCCCACGUUGCCACUGGAGAGGUACUAGUGUUCUUAGAUAGUCACUGUGAAGUAAAUGCGCAAUGGUUAGAGCCACUUCUAACGUCUCUAGCGAGCACCAAAAAGCCAACAAUCGCUGUACCUGUGAUUGAUGCGAUCAACUCGGGAACGUUCGAGUACAAAGAAUCCCCUCUGGUCAAAGGUGGUUUUAACUGGGGCCUGCACUUCCAAUGGGAGCAAUUGCCAGCAGAUUAUUUUAAAAGCAAUGAAAGCUAUAUUCAGCCCAUCGAGACGCCCACAAUGGCUGGGGGUCUGUUUGCCGUGUACAGGCAAGUCUUCAGGGAUAUGGGCGAGUACGAUGCCGACCUCGACACGUGGGGAGGGGAAAACCUGGAGAUAUCAUUUCGAUUUUGGCAGUGCGGGGGAAAGCUGGAGAUCAUUCCAUGUUCCCGCGUUGGUCACAUUUUCCGCCAGCGUCGCCCAUACAGAUCGCCGAGUGGUGAAGAUACCAUGCUGAGGAACUCAGUUCGGGUGGCAAAAGUCUGGAUGGAUGAGUACAUUCAACAUUUCUUUUCUACGAAAAGCUACGCAACAAGCGUGCAGUAUGGUGACAUUUUUGACAGAGUGGCUCUCAGGCAAAAGUUGAAUUGCAAACCCUUCAAGUGGUAUUUGAAACACAUAUACCCCGAGUUACAGGUACCAGGGGAAUCGAGCAAUGUCAAACUUACGGUUCCCAAGACGGGUAAUCAGCCGGUCUAUGUUAAACACGGUCAGAUUGAGCACAAAUCCACUCAGCUUUGCCUGCAGCCAGAAGGAGGCAACAUUACGAGGGAUGUGAAAAUAUUACUUGGACAAUGCGCCAGUAGCAAAAUGGAAUGGUACGAGACCUCGGAUCAGGAGCUCAUGCUGUCACAGAAGUUCUGUCUGGAAGCGGCAGACAAAGUGGGGGAGUCAGGGUACGCUAGGCUCGGCAAAUGCGACGGCAUGAAAGUGAAGCAGGCUUGGAUAUGGUCUAUAAGGAAUAUGGUGUAUCAACUUUACAAUCCGACCAGUGGAAAGUGCUUGGUGCCAGCAAAUAUUAAUGAGAAGAAGUACCUUGUACUCGAGAUAUGUUCAGCAGAAAAACAGUCACAGUUCGAAAUGAAAGUCACCUAGCAAACAUGGCUUAGAAGGUCUCUUGAGUGUUCAUGCCAGGACUAAAUAUAUAUAUAAUAUAUAUAUAUAUAUAUAUAUGCUUGUAUAGUACAUGGCAGAUAUGAGAUAGAAGUGAUUGAAUAUCUCGGGAAAUAUGUACCGGGAAAUCAGUAUGAGGAAAAAAUACUCGCAUUUUCUAACAUUCCUACAAUUCCUCAUUAUCAGGCUAUUUGUCUGUCCGCCAGUUUGUCCGUGACACGUUCAUGUCUGCUCCAUAUCUCCAAUAUCCUCAGAUAGAUUUUCAUCAAACUUUCCUCAAAUGUAGAGGACAUGUUGACCAUGACCAGAUUGAAUAAGUCAGUCAUCCCAGCUGAAGAUCAUGGUCAAACGUCAAGGUCAAAGGUUUGAGCAUCCAUCGUCUAUACCCUUUGAAAGAAUUCCAAUAAAUGUUGCUCAAAUGUUAUGGUCAUUCAGACAAUGUGCAUAAGGCAUUUGUCAGUGAUGCCGGCUCAUGGUUAAGGUCGUACUUGAAGUAAAAAAAAAAUGAGCCUUUACUUUCUUGUACAAUCCAUAUCUCCUACAUAGAUUGAAUGAUUUCAUGAAAGUUUACUUCAAUAUAAGUAAUUGUGAUGAUGUCAAUGUGGCAUGAGUCAGUUAAGGUGGGUCAAGGUCAUACUUCACUUUCAAUGGUUAGAGCCUUAAUUUGUCAUGUCUGCUCCAUAUUUCUUAUACCCUUUAAAGGAUUGUAUAACAUUAUUAAAUGUUUAGGUCAUUGAGACAAUGUACAUAAGGCACGAGUCUGUCUUGCUGGCCUUAGGUCAAGGUCAUUCGUCAUGGUCAAAAGUUAGAGCCUCUACUUUUGUGUCUGAUACAUAUCAUCUAUACCUUUUAAAGGAGUUUAAUAAAACUUGGUGACAAUGAUUAGAAUCUCAUAAUACUUAUUGAGGAUUUCUCUUUAAUUUUUCCCUUAGGAUAUCUCUAAAGAAUUUUCCGUAAGCUUACUAUUACCAUUUCUCUUUUGUUUUUAUGCCCCCAGUAGGGUGGCAUAUAGCAGUUGAACUGUCAGUCAGUCAGUAUGUCAGUCAGUCUGUCCGUCCGUCAAAAAAAACCACUUUAACAUUGGCCAUAACUUUUUCAAUAUUCAAGAUAGCAACUUGAUAUUUGGCAUGCAUGUGCAUCUCAUGAAGCUGCACAUUUUGAGUGGUGGAAGUUCAAGGUUAAGGUCAUCCUUCAAGGUCAAAGGUAAAAAAAAUAAUUCAAAGCGGGGUUCUCAUGAAGCUGCACAUUUUGAGUGGUGGAAGUUCAGGGUCAAGGUCAUCCUUCAAGGUCAAAGGUCAAAAAAAGUACUUUUUUUUUUCAAAGCGGCCCAAUAGGGGGCAUUGUGUUUCUGACGAACACAUCUCUUGUUUCCUUAAAGGGAUCUUUUCACGCUUUGGUAAAUUGACAAAAUUGAAAAAAGUUGUUUCUGAUUCGUAAGUUUUCGUUUUAGUUAUGAUAUUUGUGAGGAAACAGUAAUACUGAACAUUAACCAUGCUCUAAUAUAGCCAUUAUAUGCAUCUUUUGACGAUUUUAAAACCUAAAAAUUAUAAAGCGUUGCAACGCGAAACGAUUGAAUAAUUUGGAGAGUUCUGUUUUUGUCGUUAAAUUUUGUGAAACUACGAAGAUUGCUUAUAUAAGGUAUAAAAUACAUCUAGGAUGUGUACUCGGCGGAAUAGCUCAGUAGGCUAAAGCGUUUUUACUUCAGGACUCUGGCAGGACUCCAGGGGUCACUGGUUCGAAACCUGCUCCGGGCAAUGUUCUUUUCCUUUUUUUAUUUUUUUUCUUGAUUUUUUUCUGGAGCUUUUUCGAUCCAAUGUUUACAUUUAUCAAUAUAAAGCAUUUAAUGAAUAAGUUUAAAAAAAUGCCAAAAUCUGUGAAAAGGCCCCUUUAAGAUUUCCCAUCAAAGCUUUGUGAAGACGAGCUGAUGUUUAAAAGCAGGUGAAAUUAAUUUGACAGGCUGAGUAAAUAAGUUUAUGCCUGUAUUGUGUUUAUGCAGCUGUUUGCAAUUAAUUUCAUGAUCGUGAUAAUGUGUCCCUAAAUAAUAACUAUGAAUGUCAACAGGUACCAGUAAGCCUAGCUGUAUGGUGCUUUGUCAACAAUGUGAUAUUUGGCAACAAAAGCUAAGGCAGUGAUUAUUAUGGUCAAUUGUAUUAGAAACUUUGACGACAUUCAACUUUGGAUUGCGCAAUUAUAUUAUCUUAAUGUGGGCCUUACUUGGAAGCAAGAAGAUGCUGUAGUCCAAUAGUGACAUUGAACUGGGGUUUACUGAGAUUUUUAUAUUAAUUAAUUAAUCUUUAUAGUUAAUUCCGAGAUUGUGUGUGUUUUUGUUUGUGAAAUAUUUUGUACAAAUGUGUACAAUUCAAGGUUAUGUUACAUGCUCAUUGUCAAUUAUAUGUAUUACAUGCACUGUCACUCAAUAAGAAGAUAAAUUUAAGAACUAAAUACAUUUUAUUUAAUGUGUGGGUAGUGUUAUACAUCUUGUUAUUGAAACAUAUCAGAUAACAUUAUUAAGUACUUAUUUUAGUAUGCAAGUACUGACAUUAACCAGAUUUACAUUCUUUGUACAGUUGAUUAUAUAUACAUGUGGGAAAGAUGGGGGCUAGGCCAACAAUCUUUAGUUUGUACGAAUAAAGAAACCAAUUGUCAAUGUACACAAGGACAAUUUAUGAAUAUUUUAAAUAGUCUUCUGUGAUACAUUGUUUAAAUACCCCACUUUGAAGAUGGCGGCAUAUAGCUGUCACACUAUACAUGUCCUUUUGAUAUGUCUUUGGAAUAUUGCAUAGUAAAAAUUGUUGAAUAUUUUACUAUAUACAAAUUAGGUUUUUAUUAUAUGUAAUUUUUAUGUUCCCGGAUCAAAUGAUCGGGGGCAUAUUGUCUUUAGCCUGUCUGUCUGUCAUUCUGUCCCAAAACCUUGGUUAAAGUUUUGCCAUAACUUUUGCAAUAUUGAAGAUAGCAACUUCAUUUGGCAUGCAUGUGUAUCUCAUGAAGCCGCUCAUAUUGAGUGGUGAAAGGUCAAGGUCAUCCUUUAAGGUCAAAAGUAAAAAAUACAAUCCAAGGGAAGUAAUAAGCUUUAAAGGGAGAUAAUUUCUAAACCUGCCAAAUGAUAUAAUGAAAUUUUAUUUCAAAGCGGCGCAAUAGGGGGCAUUGUGUUUCUGACCAACACAUCUCUUGUUUAUGACGUAAAAAACAUGCUUAAAUAUCCUGUAACAACUGUUCAUCAUGUCAAAACAGCACUUUUCGUAUACAUUACAGAUUGUUUCUGUAUUAUUGGUUUAUUGUCUUUGAAAAAGUUGUUAAGGAAAAAAAUUAUAUUUACAUUACUAUACCAUUUUCCUAAAUAUCUGUCUUCAAAUAUGUAUACAAUAAACUAAUUCUUUGACUUAAAUAUAUAAAAAUCAAGUUUUCCAAUGAAAUGUUAAACCUUUUUAGAAAAUUAUCGAUUCUUGUCAAAAUUCUUUCAGAUACAAGUAAUUAUUCCAUUUUCUUGAAGAGUUUGGUAAAAAUCAGUUUAUACCUCAACUUUUUCUGAAUGCUUAUUAAAACAUUUGUUGAACAUGUUUCUGCAAUUUUCAGAGAUUCUUUUGUGUACGGCUAUGUCUACAAGGGUCAAGUGAUAUUUGAUUAUCAUAAAAUCUGUUGAAACAACAUUUAGCAAAUAGCAUAUGGCAGGGUGUUAAAUAAUCAUCAAUUUUGUUGGAACAUUAAAUAUCACUGAAUGCAUCAAAUAUUGCUAUUUGUUGCCCUAGACAGGUGCUGCAUGCUAGUGCCAUGCCAACAGGUUUUAUAUUCUUGUUCUGUAUAUAAGAAUUCCAAUAAUCGUGCAAUAAACAAUUAUCAUCCAAUAAUGUUGAAACUACAGCAGUGAUAAAAAGCAACCUUGGCUCAAGCCUUGUGUGAAUUUGAUCUGGCAACAUGUAAUAUGUGAAAAUCCAAAGUCAAUGACACAAUAAAAGCUAUAAAUCAG